CUGCUACUUUAUCCGAUACUCAUGCAAUGUAUUAAAAAAACAAUAAAUUUGGUGGAGUAGUGCUACAAAAUUGUACUUGAUGGAGUGGAGUUUCUGACUUUCUGCAAUUUCCAUGACUUAGAGACAGCCAGUCAGCACUCAGGUUUAACACAACAAGGGAAAUGGUGUUUGGGUUUUCUUGUUCUCUUGGGAGGGAAUGCAGGAGCUGCACAAAAAUCCAGUCUUUUUGAGACACUAGUCUUCUUCUUUUGUGCUUCUGCUAGCUAGCUUGUUGUUUGAUGCGAAUCGUUGCGGGUUGUAAUUUAUGCAUGGAAUGAUUGAAGGGGUUGUGGGAGAGGGGAUUGAUUGAUUGAUUGAUUGAUUGUGUAUUGGAGGGAGUGGAAUCGAUCUAGGUUGUUGGUAGGGUUAGGAGUUUAUGGGAUCUGAGGGGGGUUGUGGUGGAACCCGAAUGCAAGACCCGAAAUCAAAUGGAUUGGAAAGGGAAGGGUCUCUGUAUAGUCUCACUCUUGAUGAGGUUCAGCAGCAAUUUGGGGGUUUAGGGAAACCCUUGAGCAGUAUGAAUCUGGAUGAGCUUCUGAAGACUGUGUGCACAGCCGAGGCGGCGAGCCAAGGGGUGCAGCAGCGGGUCGAUUACAGUGGCGCCCCACUGGCUUCGGGGGCCCCGCUUCAUCGCCAGUCCAGCCUCGAGCUGUCUGGUGAUCUGAGCAAGAAGACGGUCGAUGAGGUGUGGCAGGAUAUCCAGCAGGGCCAGAAGAGUAGCAGUCUCGAGAGGAAAGCUACCCUGGGCGAGAUGACGUUGGAGGAUUUCUUGGUGCAGGCCAGGAUAGUGGCCGAGUCAUCCCAGGGAAAGAACGAUUUGGGUUCGGUUCAAGGGGAUGAUUCGACGGUGAACGUUGCACAGCAAGCUCACGGUGCACUGUUUCACGUGCCGCCAAUUCAGCAGCCACGACCACCACAGAGUCACCAGCAACAGGUGAGCGCCAUGCCUGGUUUCAUGGCAGCUCAUCCAGUUCAACAGGCUAUCCCGGUUGGCCCCAACCCAAUCAUGGACGCAACUUAUCCAGGAACACAGAUGACCGUAGCUCUGGAUCCUAUGAUGGGAACGCUAUCAGACACACAAACGCUUGGAAGAAAGAGAGUUGCCCCGGACAAUGUUGUGAUUGAGAAAAGUGUCGAAAGGAGGCAGAAAAGGAUGAUAAAAAAUAGGGAAUCAGCAGCCAGGUCACGAGCAAGGAAGCAGGCCUACACCAAUGAACUGGAGAAUAAGAUUUCCCGUUUAGAAGAAGAGAAUGCAAGGCUUAGGAGAGAGAAGGAGAUAGAGAAGGCGAUGCCCACUGUCCCACCUCCAGAGCCAAAGUAUCAGCUGCGCAGAACAAGCUCGGCCCCCUUCUGAUAUCUCACCCGCGAAGGACAUGAUGCAUACAGUCUGUUGUCUCUAAAACUCGUCGAUCCAUAGCCUGUUAUGUCUCCAAAACUUGUUGUGGAGAGUGGUGUUUCUCGCAGCACCUUUGUAAACUGGCUGGACAAACCUCGUUUAGAAGAACCAGCCCCCCACCCCCCACCCUUGAGUUUCUUUCUUGUAUGUACAAUUUUAUAGUUUAAAAACUUGAAAUUAUCCUCACAUAGCUUUGGCAGUUCUGUGUUGUUCUCUUAAUGCAUAAGAAAACAUUUUGAUGUAAUCAUAUGAUUCUCUUCCUUUUGGAAUGAUGCUACAAUAUGUUAACACAUGAUAAGUGUGUGGAACAUAUUCCAAGCCCCAGAUAUUAAGUUAAUUCUUCAUAUAGAUUAUGG